CUUCAACUUUUUUUUUCACAACUACUCUAUAAUGGCUCGUACUAAGCAAACUGCUCGCAAAUCCACUGGUGGUAAGGCCCCCCGUAAGCAAUUGGCUACCAAGGCUGCUCGUAAGUCCGCCCCCUCUACUGGUGGUGUCAAGAAGCCCCAUCGUUACAGACCCGGUACCGUCGCUCUUCGUGAAAUCCGUCGUUACCAAAAGUCCACCGAAUUGCUUAUCCGCAAGCUUCCUUUCCAACGUCUUGUUCGUGAAAUCGCUCAGGACUUCAAGACUGACUUGCGUUUCCAAUCUUCUGCCAUUGGUGCUCUCCAGGAAGCCUCCGAAGCUUACCUUGUCUCUCUCUUUGAAGACACCAACUUGGCUGCUAUCCACGCCAAGCGCGUUACCAUCCAGCCCAAGGAUAUCCAGUUGGCCCGCCGUCUCCGUGGCGAACGCUCUUAAAGGAAUUGUUUGGCACGUCACCGUGACAUUUUAAAAAAAAAAAAUGUUCACAACAAAGGAUUCUCCUAUUUGUACAGUUUUUCACCUAUUUGACACGCUCUUCAUUCCCUUUUUUAAAAACAAGGUCUUCUGUUGUAUGUAAUGUCUUCCUUUUUUUUCCCUUCCGCCUCCUUUUUUUUCGCACAAUUUCCCUUAAUCGUCGCAUAUUUCUCUUCAUUAAAGAAAUCUGAAAUUUUUUUUUCUCAUCGAAAACUGUGUGUUAUGUCCAAAUUUUCGUUAUUGAUUUUUUAAGUGAUCAAAAAUUUUGCAGCAAGUUACUGCACUGAUCAAGCUUUGUUAAAUAACUUGUCAUUAUUAUCAAGAAAGUCAAAGAUAGGA